AACCUUGCGUUCACUCUGAAAUCUCGCGAUUUCUGUGCGGAGCACUGAAGCGCUGCUGUGUCAACACCCCGCGCGCACAUCCCUCUUCAGCUGACGCCGUCUGCCUGCCGAGAAAUUCAGACUCCUGCGAUGAGAGUAUGAUGCAUGCAGUCUGGGAUGUCGAUUAUGGAAUGGAGUUGAGGUGAGAAUGGCACUUUCUCAGUCAAAAUCAACCAAAAUGGGAAAGUCGAGACUGUUCCGCAUUUUUAUGAUCGUGGGUGCCGUCUUCAUGAUCCUUCUUAUAAUCAUAUACUGGGAUGACGUGGGGGCCUCUAAUUUUUACCUGCACACAACCAUCUCCGGACCCCAUCCGUCCCGCCUCUCUCCACAGGGUCGUCGUGACCCUGAAAAGAAAUUAGAGGAAGACAAAGAGGGCUCUUUCUUGAUGGACAUAGAUGCUUUUGUCAACCAGUUUUUAGAAGGAACCGCAGACCCCACGGAGCAGGUGAGAGGAGAGCCGCCGCCUGGAGACCCUCACAAUCAGUCCUCUGAGAAAUCAGAAGAGAAAUUUGUCCCGAGGCGAGAGUGGAAGAUCCAUCUGACGCCAAUUGACCCCGAGAAAAAACAGAGGCAAGAGAGUAGAAAGCAGCUGAUCCAAGAUGUGUGCAGUAACGGAAGUUUUUUAGACUUCCCUGGAAAGAACAGGACUUUCGAUGACAUACCCAAUAAAGAGUUGGAUCACCUCAUUGUUGACGACAGGCAUGGAAUUAUUUACUGUUACGUUCCCAAGGUGGCCUGCACAAACUGGAAGCGCAUUAUGAUCGUUUUGAGCGAGAGCCUGUUAUUGGAUGGCGUGCCCUACCAAGACCCUCUAGAUGUUCCUCAGGAGCUCAUCCAUAACAGUAGCCUGCACUUCACCUUCAACAAGUUCUGGAAGCGCUAUGGAAAGUUCUCCCGGCACCUCAUGAAAAUCAAGCUUAAGAAAUACACCAAGUUUUUGUUUGUCAGGGAUCCUUUUGUACGACUGAUCUCUGCCUAUCGCAACAAAUUCGAACAAGAGAACGAGGACUUCUACAAGAGAUUCGCUGUUGUCAUGCUGAAAAAAUACAGCAAUUACUCGGAUCCCCCGGCGUCAGUCGUGGAUGCUUUUGCUGCUGGGAUUCGACCUUCUUUCUCAAAUUUCGUUCAGUAUUUAUUGGAUCCUAACACAGAGAAAGAGAUGCCUUUCAAUGAGCACUGGAGACAGAUCUAUCGUCUGUGCCAUCCCUGCCAGAUAAAUUAUGAUUUUGUGGGAAAGCUGGAGACCUUGGACGAGGAUGCUGAGCAUUUGUUGCGGAUUCUCCGUGUAGACAAUGUCGUCGAGUUCCCGCAAAGUCAUCGUAACCGAACGGUCAGCAGUUGGGAGCAGGACUGGUUCGCCAACAUACCAUUGGAAUACAGAAAAGAGCUGUACAGGCUCUAUGAAGCCGACUUUAAACUGUUUGGAUAUUCCAAACCAGAGAAUCUGUUACAUGAGUGAUAUUUCGAUCAUCAGCUUUUCUGGGGUGCUGAAAGGAUUCACAGCACAAUAAACACAGCGAUAGGAGUUCCUGCUGCCUGGUUCUUAAUGCGUGGCUCUUUCACAUGAUGCUGUUUAUUAAGGCUCUUUCACAUGACUCAAUGUUUGUUUAGUUAGCAUGGUUAAGUUAAGUCCUGCAGGUAGAUACUGAAAUUGAACCAGCUUUCAAAAAGCAUCUUUCUCUAUUGACGGCCAUUCAAAAGUACGAAGCCAUGUACAUUAUGUGCUGGGACAAAAACAAGAUACUGUGGCUGUGAAUUAAGAAUUUGUUCCCUCAUUGUACAAAUCGGUUCCCUCGUUUUAGUUAAAUUGUGACCACUUUGUACUAAUUCAUUCCCUUGUUAUGUGCUGCGUCUCAAUUCGCUACCUAAAAGUAUGUACUCUUUUUGUGAAGAAAAAGUACAUACUUUUGAGUGUGCUCUCUGUCGCAUCCUGACACUCAUUCUGUUAGUGUAAACUGGCCUGUCAAUCAUCGUAAAUCCUCCACAUUUCAUUUUAUUUCCUACUGCAUCGGAGAGAAAUGCUGUAGCACGUUGAUCUGCAGUCGCGGGUUUUUCAUGCGGAGAACUUUCCUCAUAUUAAUGCAUAAUGAUGCAUUUAAAAGUUAAUGGCCAAACGGAUUUUUAUAAAAGUCCACAUUGUUAUUGCAGAUGAAAUAUAACACGGAUAACAUUAAAUAAAUAUUUUAAACUGGUUAUUAGUCACUCAGACUUUUAUCUAAACCUCUCACCGUCGAUCACGCAUAUCCGCCAUGUUUUGUAGUUUUUUUUUAACACUUUUUACUCGUGUUUGUAGUUCUGAACUGAAUCCUCCUCCAAAGCGCAAUGGGUUGUGGGCAAUAUUAUCCUUUAUAGUGUACACGGAUCCACACUUCGAAAAUCUACCUGAAAUAGUAGAUCAUCUGGGGACUUUUGAAGUACUCUUUUCAACAUACUAUGCUUUGGGACAUAUUUAUUUUAAUCUCACAUACUGUUUAGGAUGGAUAGUAUGGAUGCAGGGCUAGUCCAAUGAUUUAAACUAUUAACAGGACACUUGGCAUGUUUUAUGGCCUUUUUCACAUAUUUUAGCCAUUAUCGUAAAUUAGGUAUCAAUCGAAAGCUUAAACGCACAAAAUUCAUCCUCUGAAAACCAUUUUGAAAUUGGACAUUGCGUUACAAUGGAAAUGGUAAUUUAAAUCCUUUCAGCAGGCUUAAUUUUCGUAAUAUCAACUUAAAAUUGGGAACACAACUUGGUUAGACAUAUGGCUUUGAUUUUUCUAGCAAGUUUAGUGUCCAAAUUAUUUUGUAAAAUAUAUAUUUUGUAUAAAAAAUGUUCAGUUCAGUACAUUUGGUUUACAGUAGACAAUCUAUAACCUUUUUUACAGUUUCAUUUUCUUUUUUUUUUUCACGUCUGCAAAAAUCUGCUACGCAUUCAGGAACUACAACUAUUUUCACAUACAUGCUCAAAUAAAUCGUGGCCAUAAAUUGAGUUGUGGGGAUGCUUUCUUACUUCAUGGCAACAGUAUCUACUUUUUUUCAACAUCACAUUUGUACAAAAGUAUUUUUCACAAAUAUGUUAUUGUAUACACUCUUAAAAAUAAAGGUUCCAAAAGAGGGUUUUUGAAGGGAUGCCAUAGAAGAAACCCAAAGAACCUUUUACUUAACAGUUCUUUAUAGAACCAGUGUGAAGAACAUUUUCAUAAUCAAAAGAACCUUUUUCCACUACAAAAAACCUUUUGUCCAAUGGAAAGGUUCCAUGGAUGAGGAGAGGUUCUUCAUGGAACCAUCGAUGCCAAUAAAGAACCUUUAUUUUAAGAGUGUAGUUUGUUUUGCCAGUUUAUAUUAUAAUUAUAUUGCUAUUGUGUUUUAGUUUUGUUUUAGAUGAUUUACCAGUGCCUGUUUUUUUUUUUUUUUGUGUGAAGGACUCAAAAUGGGUUUUGGAUGUUUUUACUGGUCUGCUGCCUUUGACAUCAAAGCUCAUGGUAGUCACUAGUGAAGAGUUUGUGAGUGUUCAUGUCCAUGUGUUGCCUAGGUCCUUGUAGUUCACGUCAGGACGCACCUCUCUCAACACAUGAAAAAGCAUGAAAAGAAAUGCUGUAGCUUCAUGCUUCGCACUAUAUGGUUCAGUGCAUUGGGGGAACGCUGAUGUGAGUCAUGUGAAAGAGUCUUUAGGUCUUUGUGGAGCUUGUGGGCAUUGAUAGUAAUACUGUAGUGAAUAUACAUUCCUUGCACACAGGUUACAUUUCUUCAGUCCAUUUCCCAGUAUUGCCCUAAAUGUGUUACUGUUUGCAUUUGUAUGGAGCUCAUGGUCAAUUUGGAGAGAGACACUACUCAGUGAAGCCUGCACAAUUUUCUUUUUUAAUAUACUCAAGUGUUUUGAAACUCAUCACCUCAUCAGUAUUUUUCUUAUCAUUUGGAUGGAUGUAGGUCAGAAUAGAUGUUAUAAUCCCAGAAAGAGACAUUAUUUUUUUUUUUUUUUUAGUUGUAUAGUCGUAUGUAUUAGUUAAUAAACAACCACCAAACUAAAAUAUCAAUAAAUAUUGUACAUUUAGCAAGUGCACAUAUUAGAGUAUUUUAGAAUAUUUUUGUAAACUUUUACAAGUAAAUGUGAAAAGUGAAGGCACUUUUGUCCUUGGGGAAAAAAAGCUAGAAACAUUUUGAAAUGCAAGCAAACAUUUUACACAUUUUUUUAAAAUCAUAAAGGGAUCUGCUGCUCUUACAGCAGUUUUUCUUUUCUUGGAGAUGGCGCAUUUAAGUGUCCAUUGAUUUUUUUUUUUUAAACACAAAAACCUCAGUUAUUUUGUUUCCAUGGAAAUGUUUUUUUCUCAAUCUUUUAAAGUAAGUUCCUAGUCUUUUAUUGUACAAAAUAGCCAGUGUUCUGCAGUGAAGCACAUAAAUGGAGUAACCGACAUCAAAAGAGAUUUCUUUGUAACCGAGGCUGGAGUAUUCAGAUUAUGGCCUGUUCUUGUCAAGGAAAUCUUGCCUUUCAUCAUUUUGAUCCUUUUCUUCUAUUAGUGUGUAGCAGGGUCUGAUCUGCAGCAUGCUAUAGAUGUGAGCAUGUAUGCCUUGCAGUCCUUCAUAAAUAUGCAUCACUCAAGAAUACUGUAGCAAAUGAUGUUCACCGUUUUUUGCUCUGGUAAAAUAAUGGCCUUUUUGGAUAUUGUUAGGAAUAUAAUUGAAGGUACAGGGUAUUAAUUUUUCUUACUUAGGAAGAGUUAUUCGGUGAAAUUGCUUUAGACAGCUGAAGCACAUAUGUCAGUUUUGUUUAUAGUUCCUCUGGUCGUGAUUUGAACGUGGGCAUGUGCAAAAGGGUUUAUUAUGAUUAUUUUUAUAGUAUUUUCUUUACCAAGAAAGUGUUUCUUGUACUUUCCAUCGUCAUGCCGCAUUUUGCACAUCCGAUCACAUGUAUAAAACCAAUCUUAAAGGCAGUGAAAGAUGAGAGGAUGGAAGAAAGUGGAUUAUAUGGUAUAUAUUAUUAGGAAUAGGAUUUAAUACUGUGGAGCACAAGUGUAGCAUGUUUGUUGUGGAAGUGACGGGCCAAAGGGAACGGGACGCCCCAGUUCAGACAGUCUUCAGGGGAAGCCACAGUUUUGGAUUGCCGCACUGUUGGGCCCAUUUGGUAGCAGUGCCUUUGGAGAAAAGUUUACACACGAAAAAAAGUAUUUUUGUAAGCGAGUCUCUGACUUGCAGUUAAAACAAUCAAAAAUGUAGUAGUGCUUAUAAUAUGUGUUGCGUCAUGGAAAAGAUCAGAUUUUUAGCAGUGCAGUGCUGUUGAGAUUUGUCAUAUCAGUUCCAAUUUUUCUUAUUUCAUAAACCACAAGUUCUGUUACAUGAGGAAAAAAGAUUUUAAAAUGUGUGCAGUUGCCUAUGCUGAUUUCUGUUUCAGAAUGAGAAUCUGUGUUUUGUAUACAGUUGGUGCCACAUUGUACAAAGAAAAGUGUUAUAUUGUUUAGUGAUUGUUUUCAUGCCAAUAUUAAUGAAAAAAUAGUUUUGUUUUUUUAUUCUGAUGUACUUUUCAGUCAUAGGAAUUUCUUAGUUGCAUGAAAUAUUUUUCAGGAGAUCAUGCUGAGUGCAAAAGGGAAACAUUUGUUACAUUAAAUCAGGUCUUAGCCUAAAAAUGUUUUCUUGACAUUUGGUUUGGUUUGCUUUUUCCCUAUUGGCCAAUGUACAUAGCUCUUCUUUUAUUUAUUAUGAUAUUAUUUAAUGCUUCAAUUUCAAAAGAAAAAAAAUCAAUAAAGGUCAGUGCAUGGUGAAAACAC